ACGACAUUCUAAUUUAUUGAGAUGCACCUGUAUAUGGCAAUGAAUGUGUGUGUAUCUCUUGUUGCACAAAUGCACAUUCAGUGCUUCACAAGAACAAUUUGUGUUUGAUUUGGAAAAUCUCCCUUUGCACACAAAUUGUUAUGUGUUUGUACAAAAAGGAACUCCUGUAUUCACAAAUCUGUCUCUAUUUGUACAAAUUCCAACACAUUUAUUUAAUGAUAAAUUUCACAGAUACAAGUUGAAAUGCAUUUUUUUUUUUUUUUGGAGGGUUGAAAUACACAUUUGUUAAUGUUUUUUUUUUUUUUUUAAUUAAUGGGUAGAUAUGCACACAUUCAUGAAUACAUUUAGGACUUAUCCAUUGGUAGUUGUUUGUGUGAGAGCGGCGAUGGUAAAAUCAGCAAAACAAAAGUCUCAAAAUUCAAAUGAAUCAAACAGAAUCAACACAAAUAGACAUCAAUGAAUGCAUGCUUCACUUGAUCCACAAAUGCACAUUCAAUACUUCACAAGACCAAUUUGUGUUUGAUUUGGAACAUCUUCCAUUGGAUAUACACAAAUUGUGAUGUGUUUGUACAAAAAGGAACACUUGUAUUCACAAAUCUGUCUCUAUUUGUACAAAUUCCAACACAUUUAUUUAAUGAUAAAUUUCACAGAUACAAGUUGAAAUGCAUUUUUUUUUUUUUUUUUUUUGGAGGGUUGAAAUACACAUUUGUUAAUGUUUUUUUUUUUUUUUUUUUUUAAUUAAUGGGUAGAUAUGCACACAUUCAUGAAUACAUUUAGGACUUAUCCAUUGGUAGUUGUUUGUGUGAGAGCGGCGAUGGUAAAAACAGCAAAACAAAAGUCUCAAAAUUCAAAUGAAUCAAACAGAAUCAACACAAAUAGACAUCAAUGAAUGCAUGCUUCACUUGAUCCACAAAUGCACAUUCAAUACUUCACAAGACCAUUUUGUGUUUGAUUUGGAACAUCUUCCAUUGGAUGCAUAUACAAAUUGUGAUACAUUUAUACAAAAGGGAUCAUUUGUGUUCACAAAUAUGUCUCCAUUUGUACAAAUACCAGCACAUUCCUUUAAUGUAGAAUUUCACAGACACAAGUUGAAAGGCAUUUGUCUGUGGAUUGUAAGAUACAUUUGCAACAUUUAUCAAUUGAUGGAUAAAUAUGCACGCAUUUGUUAAUCAUUUUGAUUCUAAUUUCAUCCCAUAAUUAUGCCACAGGAAAAUCAAGUGAUCCUGAGCAUGACUGUAGCUGUGGUUUGGCAGAGCGAGCGCUAGACACAUUACCAUGACAACUGAGCUAUGCUUGAAUCUCCUACAAAUGAAGGGAAGCCAGAUAUGAUCUGUGUUCUGCUUCCCACACUCCCAGAUGGGGGGCAGUGUCACGAGCAUCAGACCCUGCGCUGUUGACAUAACAUUCGCAUACUUUGAUAUUGGCUGCAGAGCGGUUGACUUUUGGGGAGAUCCAGUCAGUCUGGUCCAACUUGUAGUCACUCACAUGUUGCUUACAAAUGAACACUAUGAGGCCAUUUACAUCAAAAGCUUUUUUGUGUCAGCUUGAGGUGUUUUUUGUUUUGUUUUUUGCCCUAAAAGAUCUUAUAUAUAGAUAUAUAUAUAUAUAUAUAUUAUUUUUUAAUGCUAGAACUUGUUUAGUCUAAAUGUUUCCUAAGGCUCCUCUACACACUAGAGCCGACUGUACUAAAAAAACAUUCAGUGCAAAAACCUUAUUUACUAACCACCCGCAUUCCAGUUUAACAGCAAGUUCUCUACACUGGAAUAGCACUGCACCAUGUGUAUUUAAGUAAAUUAUUUUCGGACAGAACAAGCUUCCUUUCUAUGUAAAUUAAGCGUUUUUUAUAUAUAUAUAUAUAUAUAUAUACUGUAUACAGGGGCGGGUUUAUGAUUUCUGAGGCCCAAAUCAACCGAAUUUUUGAAAUUGUAUUUUGAAAAUGUUUGCUUAAAAAAUUGCAUAAAAUGUAUUUUAAAUCAUAAUUUUAAAUUCGUCCUAUAAGCCGUACAUACAUUCAAAAUGUUUAAUGAAAUAAAAAUCUAGUUAAAUGUAAUUAAUGCAUGUUUUCCCGUUUUUCCACAGAUAAAAAAGCAAUAUUUACCUACAUAUAUUUGUACAAAACAAUUCUUUUUUUUUCUUUUUUUUUUUUUUUUUUUUUGUGAACAGGGUGUGCAAAACCUACUACUUCAACCAGUAACAUUUUGGAAUUUAGUCGGUAUUUAUUCAUAUUAUAACCCAUCAAUUAUUUAUUGUUGUUCAGUUUGUCAUUAUAACAUGAUACAGUAUUAUUAUUAUUACUUUGAGGAUUUGUUGUAUACAAUAGUAUCAUAUUCCUGUCUUAUUUAAUUUACUUUCACCUGGAGCUUAUAUUCUGAUGCUGCAGUGUAUUGUUCACCAUGUUGCAAAAGGCUGUAUUUUUUGUAAGCAUCAUAGGCAACAUUCAUAACAGUAACAGUAAACAUACAAGGCACGGCGGCCCCUCAGCACACUAGAGCAGAAGCGGGGAAAAAACAUGGCCGUUUAUCAAGUGCUGAAACUUUGCUUGGUGCAGAACAAUCUGGAAUAAUGUUACGCAUCGUAGCAGUCACCUGUUUGCAACCUGAACUUGUUCAAAACGUUAAAUCUUUGUGACACCUGCACUAAAAACAGUCUAGACGCAGCGCAACGAAUGAAACAGAACGCUGGUGUCUCGACAUGCAUAUUUGUUUACCUCAAGUUCUUAUUAACUUGAAACAGUGUCUAAAAAUGUGCCGGUCGCUGCGUGACACACUGAAGAAACACUGCGACGUAGUGCAACAUAGGAAAACAAUCAAAAAACAGAGCAGAUGCACACAAAAACAUGUUUGGGGUGAACGGCCCCUAACUCAUUCGUUUGCGCGUAUCUGAGCAUGUGAGUGAAACAAGUUCGGAAGGCCUAUAUAUUUUUUCAUAAAUUACAAACCCAAACCCAAAGUCCUACUGACCGGAACCCAGCAGCUUCUACCGUGAACCACUCUGAGAGCACUGACAAUGCCCAGAACAACAUGUCACCUCAAGCAGUUUUUGUGUAGCUUUCCUAAUGGAGUGGGGGCCCUCUUGACGUCCGGGGCCCCACGCAAUUGCAUGGUGGUUAAAACUCUAAUCUAUCUAUCUAUCUAUCUAUCUAUCUAUCUAUCUAUCCAUCCAUCCAUCCAUACAUACAUAAAUAUAGAUCACCUUGUUCACAAAAGUCAGCACUUUGUUGCAAUUAACAUUGCAAUAUUACUGCAGACGUUAAACAAAAUUUUAUAUGAAAGAUAAAAUUGUGUACAUUUUCUAGUUUAGUCAAGUGCACUUUUGGCAUUUUAAAGAGCCGGUUCAGGUUCCUGGAUCACAGUGGUGGUGCAAUUGUCACCAGUCCUACUCGACCUGCCCCAAGUGUGAUUCGAACCGGCAAUCCUCGGUGCCAUGGCCUAAAGCCUCGGUCAUUAGUGUAUCUCUUAAGGCCAGGAGAGAGAGUUUUACACACUGCACAGCUAUCACGUACUAGCUAGCUACCGUUACCCAAUGCUGUACAAUCUCAGUUAAGUAUUCCAGAUCAUGGUAAUCUGUUGCAUUCUCCACAACCUGCCUGCAAGAUGGGGAAUUGCGGGGUGCAAAUUCCAACCAGCAUUCUUUUUUUCCCCCCUAAUUUAUACAAUUCCUUUAGUAAAUCGGGUGCUACAACAAUGCAGUGUGUUGCAAAAGAAGUACAGGAAAAACAAAAGCGUUGACAAAAGUGACCAAAUGUUGAGAAAAAAUUCUGUUUUGCCGCAACCCACUCUGAAGGUGGCCAGUUUUGCUUUCAGAAGUCCUAAGUAUUCCCAUUUGAUUUCAAACUGACCCAGCUCUUUUCACACCCCCAAAAUGCAUGUUAUGCAUUCCUAUCCAUCAAACAUUUCGUCACAGCUUUCUCUAGUGCGAAAGCAUCUUAAAUCCCGAAACAUACUCUAUGCAACAACCUGAACGCAAACACCACUAGCUGCACAAGUUUUAUUUCAUAGUGCAGUUAAGUGUGUCAGUUUGUGAACUUAUGAAAUUAGCACAGACAUUUGAAGUAACUCUAUUGGACCCUUGAGCACUAAACUUUGUUACCGACUAACAAAGUAAAGUACUAUGCUUUUGCAGUGUUUUGGCCAAGCAACUACACCUGCAUACUUGGGUAGAGUAUGUUUAUGGCCUUAGCGGGAGUUAGCAUGUUCUGUUUCUUUUUCUUUCCUUUUUUUUGUUUUUGUUUUUUUUUUUUGUAGAGAAAAACCCCUAAUUUUCUCCUUUUCACUGUGUAUCUUGAUAGCUAUGAUAUGAUGAACGUUUAAGAACAGGCUUGACAAUUUCUCAACCCUUCAACAUGCAUAGACAUAGCACAAGCAUCAUAUUAUAUCACAGGCUCUCUCAAAUGUCCAGCGUAUCACCCGUCAAGGGACUGUAGCCAAUCAACAUCUCGUGACCUCCCACAUCCCUCCCGUUUCUCCAGUGCUGGAUCACAAACUUAUACCUUUAGUGUCUCCAGACAUCACAGCGCUCUGUCAUUCAUCCAUUCUGAGGCGCGCAGAAUCUACAGUAGCUGAAUGUGUAGUUACUGUUCAUUAAAAUGACGUGGGACAAAAUAGCGGUAUUCUUUUUGAAACUUUCAUGGACGGUUUAUCAUGUUGCAGCCAUUCAAAGACAAGACAUGUAUCCAUAUGGGAUGUUUUCCGGCGAUGUCACUCUGCAAGAGGGGGACGAUGAGACUUCCAAAGUGAUAACUCUGACUAAACCCAUGUACUUCUAUGAGGCGUCCUUCAGAAAUCUAUAUGUGGCCACCAAUGGAAUCAUCUCAACUCAGGAUCUUCCCAUGGAGAAACAGUAUGUGGAUGACAGCUUCCCAACCGACUUCCCUGUCAUCGCCCCCUUCCUGGCAGACAUUGACACCAGUAAGGGAAAAGGAUCCAUCUACUACCGGCAGACGGAGUCCCCUACCGUGUUGAAGCAAGUGGAAGCGGAUGUGAAGAGAGGCUUUUCAGACGCUACAUUCACCCCUACCCAUGCCUUUAUCGCCACCUGGGAGAACGUAUCAGCCUAUGAGGAGGUCACCCACAGCUCUACCCCAUCCAACCGGAUAAACACAUUCCAAGUGGUGCUUGCAUACAACGAGAAGGAUACUUACGCGCUCUUCCUUUACCCAGAGGAUGGGCUGCAGUUUUUUGGAACGCGGCCCAAAGAAUCUUACAAUGUUGAAAUAGAGAUUCCAGCUCGCGUGGGCUUCACCAGAGGAGAGCUGUCCUACUUCUUUUUCUCUCGGACGGAGGGGCCAUACUACAGUGUCACCAGCAAUGAUGAACAGUCCCUCAAAAACCUUUAUCAGAAGGGUAACACAGGAUUGCCUGGAGUUUGGCUCUUUCACAUUGGAAACAGAUAUUCCUUCCAGAAUGUUGUUCCUGCUCAACAUGAGGCCGUUUCAGUCGUAGCUUCCCCAGUUCUGGAUGCUGAGUUCCCUGAAAAAGACUACACAGAAACAGAUGAGGAUGAGUACCACAUCGAUCCAGACUUCCAGGAUCCCACCACUACAGAUUUUCUUGAGCCGGAGCAGGACUCCUCUUUACUGGAGGGUCUCAACCAGGCAGCGCCCCUUGAUCAUUCUCCUCUCCAGCCAUCAGUUUCUGGUCCAGGGGAGUUUCCUCAGCCAGAACCCCAUAAUCUCCCUCCAGAGGAUGUGACCCAGCCUCAACCGCAGCGGCCACUACCAAAGCACGCUAUACUGCAGGUGUACCCAAACCGCCUGAAGGAUGUCCCACCCCAUACCUCUGGUGGCCAAGUGUUCAGUGUUGAGGAGAAAGUCAACUUUGACUCUGAAGUGAUCCAGUACUCCACUGAUAAUAAAGAGACCUGUGAGCACGUCCAACAACAGUGCCACCAGAACGCACGCUGCAUGGACUAUUCCACUGGCUUCUGCUGUCACUGCAACUCUGGAUUCUACGGCAAUGGCCACCACUGCCUGCCAAACGGUGCCCCUCAUCGUGUGAAUGGAAAGGUUAGGGGGACCGUAUCGGUUGGCGGGACUCCAAUUCAGCUUGACAGCAUCGACCUCCAUGCCUACAUCGUGGUGGGUGAUGGACGUGCGUAUACUGCCAUCAGUGAGGUCCCAGAACUGCUGGGCUGGGCCCUCAUGCCCGUGUCCCCCAUUGGAGGUCUAUUUGGUUGGCUCUUCGCCCUCGAGCUGCCAAAUAGCUUUAAUGGCUUCAGUAUCACCGGUGCGGAGUUCAUUCACCGUGCCGAUGUGACCUUUUAUCCCAGUAACCAGCGUCUCAGCAUCCUCCAGACCGCCACAGGUUUGGACACUCAGAACUACCUCAGUGUGGAUACUCAUUUACAGGGCAGCACACCCUUCAUACCUCCUGGUGCCACAGUGCAGAUGGAGCCAUUUAAAGACACCUACCACUAUUAUCCUUCAUUUAUUACCUCUACGUCAGUGCGUGAGUUUACUGUCGUGUCAGUGGAGAAUGGAGCUGAGACCUUCACUUUCCAGGUCAAACAGAAUAUCACAUACAGGGACUGCAGUCACAGGCCCCGUAGCAGACUCGAGACACAGGAACUGAGAAUGGAGCGAAUAUUUGUUAUGUUUGUCAAAGAGGAGCGCAUCCUUCGUUAUGCCAUCACCAACAAGAUCGGCCCUGUUGGAGCUAGAGACCCAGAACCGGAAAAUGUGAACCCCUGUUACUCUGGAAAUCAUGACUGUGACACAACUGCACAGUGUGUGCCAGGCGAGGGCCAGCUGUUCACGUGUCAGUGCGCCACAGGUUACCGAGGAGACGGACGCAACUGUUAUGAUGUGGAUGAGUGUGCAGAAGGUCUGAGCUCCUGUGGUGCUCACUCUCAGUGUGUGAACUUGCCCGGAAGCCAUCGCUGUCAGUGUCAUGGUGGAUUUGAGUUUGGAUUUGAUGGACGCACAUGUCAGGAUGUGGACGAGUGUCGUGACCAGCAAUGCCACGCCCAGGCUUUGUGCUCAAACACUCCAGGAUCAUUCCAGUGUCAGUGCCAACCAGGAUUCCAUGGAGAUGGUUUCCAGUGUUACCCGAAUGGAGGUCGUCCCAAGAGCCAAUGCGAGCAGCACAGAGACAGUCUUCAGGGUGGAACAGGUGGCGUUCUUUUGGUAGGAGCCUUCAUCCCUCAGUGUGAUGAGGAGGGUCAGUACAGACCGCUGCAGUGUCAUGGCUCCACAGGUCACUGCUGGUGUGUGGACAGUAGGGGGCAGGAGAGAGUGGGCACCCGCACGCCACCUGGAACCCCACCAAGAAACUGUGAUGAGCCAGUUCGUCCCAAGACCCAGUGCGAGCAGCACAGAGACAGUCUUCAGGGUGGAACAGGUGGCAUGCCUCUGAUAGGAGCCUUCAUCCCUCAGUGUGAUGAGGAGGGUCAUUACAGACCGCUGCAGUGUCACGGCUCCACAGGUCACUGCUGGUGUGUGGACAGUAGAGGGCAGGAGAGAGUUGGCACUCGAAUGCCGCCUGGAACCUCACCAAGAAACUGUGAUGAGCCAGUACCACCAACCCAUCGUUCAGAGACAGUGUGUGAGCGUUGGAGAGCCAGUCUGCUGCAGCACUAUGGAGGCCAGCCGGACUCCCAGCACUAUCUACCUCAGUGUGACUCUGACGGUGAGUUCAGCCCGGUGCAGUGCUAUGGAGACAGCAGCUACUGCUGGUGUGUGGACCGAGACGGGCGGGAAGUACCUGGAACCCGCUCACACGACACUGUGAAACCAGCCUGUAUACCUACUGUGGCCCCACCAACCACGCGCCCACUGCCCCGCCCAGAUGUUACUCCACCCCCAACAGGCACAUCUCUGCUCUAUGCUCAGGGGCAGCAGAUCGGAGUUUUGCCUCUUAAUGGCACACAGAUGGACAAGCAGAGAUCUUCAGUGCUGCUUACUUUACAUGGCUCUAUAGUGGUCGGUAUUGAUUACGACUGCAGAGAGAGGAAAGUUUACUGGACAGAUCUGGCAGGAAGGACCAUCAAUCGGGCCAGCCUGGAGCCAAAAUCAGAACCGGAGAUUGUCAUAAACACAGGUCUGACAAGUCCAGAAGGCCUCGCUGUGGAUGUUGCCCGUAGAAGACUGUUUUGGGUGGACAGCACACCAGAUAAAAUAGAAACAUCUAACCUUGAUGGAAGUAAUAGACGUGUUCUGUUUGAAACAGACUUAGUGAAUCCCAGAGCCAUCAUUGUGGAUUCCCCUACAGGAACCCUCUACUGGACUGACUGGAACCGAGAAGCCCCUAAAAUUGAGAGUUCCUCUGUGGACGGGCAAAACCGAAGAGUUCUGGUGCGGGAUGGCAUCGGACUGCCCAAUGCUUUGACCUACGACUCCACGACGCGCCAGGUCUGCUGGGCCGACGCAGGAACAAAGCGUCUGGAAUGUAUAUCGCCAAAUGGUACAGGGAGGCGCGUGAUCCACAGCAACCUAAAUUACCCCUUUAGCAUGGUCUCCUACGCCAGUCACUACUACUACACAGACUGGAGGAGAGAUGGGGUCAUUACUCUUGGCCGAGACAGUCAAUUUACAGAUGAGUACUUGCCUGAUCAGAGGUCUCAUUUGUAUGGCAUUACAGUUGCUCCGCAACACUGUUUAUAAGGGAGAUGCUAAUGACAGAGCCAACAUUACAUGGUGCUAUUUCGGGCUAUUCUUAUAGUGUUUGUGCUGCGGAAAUCGCUAAGAGAGCCAAUCAGAGAACCUGCAAGUCUCAACAAACGUCACCAUCAAUGCCAAAGCACAAAUUUACAAACAUAAAAACGUGAAUAUUUUCUCAGAGUAGUUUUGUAAAUUUGUUUUAUACCUCAUUUCUUUUUUUCUUUUUUUUUUUUUUUUUUAUAAAUAAAA